CAAUACUUUAUGGAUAAUAGUAGUUCAGACCACGACUCUCAACCAGAGGUCGUCUCUAAUAUUUUCACUGAAAGAUUCACUGAAUUCAAUGACGACGGUACUUUCAAGAACGAAUUAGUGGAGCAUACUAUUGAGACUGAAGCCACUGUACCAAAGCUUGGACUCAUGCUUGUUGGACUUGGUGGAAACAAUGGAUCUACUCUUGUUGCAGGACUCUUGGCUCACAAGAACCAAGUUACUUGGGAGAGCAAGACUGGUGUUCAUACUCCAAACUACUACGGAAGUUUCACUCAAUGCGGUACUACUAAGGUUGGUAUCAAGAAGUUGCCAAAGGGUGGCAUUAAGGAUGUCUAUAAGCCAGUCAAAGACUUGCUCCCUACAAUCAACCCAACUGAUAUGGAAGUAACUGGAUGGGAUAUCUCUAAAGACAACUUGUUUGAAGCAUGCAAACGCUCCCAUGUUCUCGAACCAGAUCUGGUCAACAAACUCGAAAGUGAUCUCUCUCAAAUUGUUCCAAUGAAAGCAGCCUUCAAUCCAGAAUACAUUGCUGCUAAUCAGAGUGACAGAGUAGACAAUAUACUUGAAGGUACUAAUGAAGAGGUCAUUGAGCUCAUUAGAGCUGAUAUCAGGAACUGCAAGGAAAGAAACGAAAAGGUUAUCGUUCUCUGGACUGCCAACACUGAGAUGUACCUUCUCCCAGAGCUUGAGACUAUUGAAGACUUGGAAAAAGCCAUUAAAGACAAUGUCUCUCUCCCAGCUAGUGUUCUCUACUGUGUUGCCGCCAUUAAAGAGCAAGUUCUCUAUCUCAAUGGAUCUCCUCAAAAUACCUUCCAUCCAGGUGUCUUGGCUCUCGCUGAGAAGGAAGGAGGACUUUUGGGAGGAAACGAUUUCAAAUCUGGACAAACCAGAUUCAAGACUGCCAUGAGCGACUUCCUUAUUGGAGCUGGACUAAGAAUUUCCUCCAUUGUCAGCUACAACCAUCUCGGAAACAAUGACGGAAAGAACUUGUCUGAAGACAAGUGCUUCCAGAGUAAGAAGAUCUCAAAAUCUGGAUGCUUAGACGAUGCUAUUGAAGGAAAUGAAAUCCUCUAUCCAAGAGACGGAAAGGACAUCGACCACGAUGUAAUUAUUAGAUACAUUCCAUUUGUUGGAGAUUCUAAGAGAGCUCUCGAUGAGUACUCCUCAAAGAUCUUCAUGGACGGUGUCAACACCAUCUCAACCUACAAUAUCUGUGAAGAUUCUCUCCUCGCAGUACCAAUCAUGAUCGAUAUGGUAGUCUUGGGAGAACUUUUCUCUAGAAUGAAGGUAGACGGAAAGGCUUUCGGCCCAGUUUUAUCAUAUCUCUCGUUCUUCUUCAAGGCUCCAUCUACGAAUCACCCAGAAUAUGUGAUUAACUCAUUCAACAGACAAAGAGAGACCAUUGUAAACUUGCUCAAGGCUGCUUCUGGAAUCACUCCAGACGACGCCACUCUCUUGAGCUUCAACUACUAAUUAUGUAUUAACUAAGUUUGGCUAAA